GUGUGCGAUUAUUGUUAUCGUCACGUUGCGAACGCGAUUGUUUAUUUAUCGCGAUCAGUAUACAGCGAGGCGUUCAGUGAAUCGUUCGCGCGACCGCCCAUUGUUGUUGAAACGCUCUGCGGAUAGUUUUUUCUCUUCGUACGGGUGAAAGCAUGCGUGGUUUGUAAAAGUGGAGGUUUUUUGUUUGGGCUUUUCUACAUGGUUGUGCAGACGUUGAGGAAAAUGGUGUGGGUCAUUUUACAGAAACUACAUCACGGUCAUGAGAUGAAAAUGUUGCGGUAUUCUGAGAUACCGAGGGACAUUUCCGGCGACAGUUUGGCAACCUUAAAAAUUUCAGAGAAUCCAGAGGAUGGCACCUACCAGACCUCAGACAGCAAUGAAUCCAUCACACCGUCGACCAAUGGCUGCAACUCAGCACAUCACCAAGAUCCGCGAGUGCGGAAGAUAUCAUCACCCACGAUCUCCAGCAGAGGUCCAGGACCUCCUUUCUAUUAUAACUACGGGACGUCUAACGCGUCCGCCGGGAUCCCUGCACACAUCAAAACUCAAAGCUUACCGAAUCACGCGUCCCACCACCACCACGCAAUCAACAAGAGCUACAGCUGUGCCGUUUUUGAUGUGCUCAGAGUACCGCCAGAGGAUUUCGCCAGCCAGCUGACCCUGCUCGAUCUGCCCGUCUUCCUUGCCAUCCAACCAGAUGAGCUGACGAGCUGCGCCUGGUACAAGAAAAACAAGUUGACGGUGGCUCCCAAUGUUGUCGCCUUCACCAGGAGGUUCAAUCACGUGAGUUUUUGGACAGUUCAAGAAGUGCUCUCAGGAAGUUCGCCUAAGCAACGAGCUGAAAUUUUGACUCAUUUCAUUAGAAUAGCUAAGAAAUUGUAUGACCUUAACAAUCUCCACUCAUUAUUCGCAAUAAUUUCUGCCUUACAAAGUGCCUCGGUAUACAGGUUAUCAAAAACAUGGACCUGUUUGUCGAAGAAAGAUAAGCAAACGUUCGAUAAAUUGGCAGAAGUAUUUUCUGACGCAAACAACUGGGAAAAUCUCAGAAGUCACAUAGAAAGUUUAAAAGUACCUUGCAUUCCCUAUCUAGGGUUGUAUUUGACUGAUUUAGUUUAUAUUGACAUGGCACACCCCCAUUCGGGCGGUAUGGAAUCUCAACAACGUACCUUAAAAAUGAACAAUAUUCUCAGGAUCAUAUCCAAUUACCAACAAUCAGAUUACAAUCAUCUAUCUCGCAUCCCUCACAUCCAAGACUAUCUGAACUCUAUUAGAUAUAUAGAAGAACUACAGAAGUUCGUGGAAGACGACCAAUACAAAUUGUCAUUGAAACUGGAGCCGCCUUCACCUCCGGCAAGCUCAUCAAAUUGCAGCUCAAAGGAGUCUGUGACGGCAGACGCAGUGACCAUAGCUUCUUUGAAUCUGUCGCCGGCGAAGCACUGCGGCUCACUUAGGUUGCAUCCCAGCACCUCAGGUAGCAAGUUUAUCCCAGGGCAUAGGAAAUGUCGCAGUUUGGGAACAAAAUUUCGUAGUACAAGUCUUCCACGUAAUUUCCACAAGUCAGGGUACCCCUCAUUGGUGAUACCCUGGGGUAUAUUUAGUAAAUCUCACCAAGUGGGCAGUUUCGACCCAAAAGACCUCCCGAAAGCGUUGCACCUACUGGACGACUCCGAACUGGAAGACCAAUCCAGAUCUCAUUUAAAUCACAGCGACUUACCAUCACCCACCUCAGACUUGCCGCUACAAGCAUCACAGAACACCGCAGACAACUGCACGCUCUUGACAAGAUUGGCCGAAGAUUCAAUUAGCUCCGAGGACCAGAUGUGCACCAUGCAAGGAUGCGUGAGACGCAAGACAGUUUUAAAAGAGGGCCGGAAGCCGACAGUGGCUUCUUGGCAACGGUACUGGUUGCAGAUUUGGGCCACGUCGUUGGUUUACUUCUCGCCGAAGUCGUUCAAGGGACAUCGCCGGUCGGAUUUCAAGCGCGAACCGUGCAAAUUGGUCCCUAUUGUCGGUUGUCAGGUUGUGAUGGGCGAAAAUGCUCUGCAUCCGGACUCGUUCCAGAUCGUGGAUCAUCUUCGAGGGAACGUGUACAAGUUUCGGGCUGGCACAAAAUCAUUGGCCGAAAGAUGGUGCCGGUACCUUCAACAGGCCGCAAACGGCGAACAAGCUCCACUACCAAGCAAUCUCAUGUCAUUUGAAUAAAAUUUGUAUUUAUGAUUUAUGUUUUUAUUUAUGUAUAUUGUUUUUGUAUAUUUGCAUUUAUAAUUAUAAGCCUUUUUAUUGUU